GAGAGCGCAAGAGCCCUAAGCGCGGUACCGCUGCGCCAAUGGCGCUGGUCAGGGUUAGCCCGGAGCGAUGCGAUGCGAUCGAUAUGGAGCUCAAGCAAUCAUCGCCGAGGUGUGGCCAGUUCUAUCGCCGGCGCCGGCGGCCGCAGGCUCUCCGUGUGGAGCCGAUCCAGACGAAGAUUUGCAGCGAGUCGGAGGGAGAAGACUGCGAGAAAGAUCUCAGCGAGAGGCAGAUCAAAUGGGGAACGCGCAAGAAAAUCAAAUACACGACCAAUCCGGACGAGAACCUCCAGAUCGUCGUCAAGGGCUGCUCCAAAUCGCUGCUGAAAGUUCCCAAGGACAUGCAAGGACGCUGGUCGAAUGAAAGGUAUUCUGCCGCUCAAGAGAGUCUCGUCCUGAUCCUCCACGAGAAAGGAGCGACCCCGGGAGCUCCAAUUGCGAGGCAUGUCCUGAGAGACGAGGCGAGGAAAUUCAUUGGCGACACUGGGCUUUUGGAUCAUCUUCUAAAGCACAUGAGCGACCGGGUGGUGGUGAGGGACCAACGAUUUCGACGACGCCACAAUCCCGAAGGCGUGAUGGAGUACUGGCUCGAGGAUGCGAGCUUCAUGGAGCUGAGGAAAGAUGCCAACGUAAGUGAUCCUUGGUGGAUUCCGCCUCCUGGAUGGAAGAAGGGCGAUCCUACCAUCACGAACGUUGAGGGAGAGAUAAGAGCACUUAAGGUGGGCUUUGAUGGCCUUCGAAGCGAGAUGCAUCAAGUACAAGAAUCGUCGAGCGAGUCUUCACACGAAGCGAUAAAAUCUCUCAAGGAAGAGGUAGAGCUCUUGCGAAGUGAAGUGCAGCAGCUGCAAGGAAAACCUGUCGAGAGACUGGAUGGCCUGGAGACUCAAGUUCGUAAGAUGAUGGAGGAAGGCAAACUCCGCCAGGAGCUCCAGAUCGUGGAGAAGCUGACGCUCGAUACUCAGUUCGCAAACAUGUGGAAGACCGUCAUUACAAUUCAGGAAAAGCUGGCGGGCAUGGAACGCUUGGAGAACUCUCGGUACCAGCAGCGCAGCGUCUUCUCUCCCUGCGUUAUACAAUCCCCCAGCGACCAGAAGGAGCACGCCUUCAAGCUAUGCAGGCCACCAGGGACGUUUCUCAUGCCUCCGGCCUCGACUCCCAGUGGCAGCAGGGGGCCCUCGUACCGAGUGGAAGACAUCCUCUCCCCGAGAUCCUCCUCGGACUCGGAAGUGACGAUGGAAACGAACAAACCAUUCAUCGAUCCGGUGGUGAGCAGGCACCAGAUGUUCCUCACGGCGGCGGUCCAGGCACUCCAGGACAAUAGCUUCCAGCAUCAGCAGCAUCAGCAGCAGCAGCCAGACAGCUCUUCCUCCUGGCUUGGACUCGCGGGAUCUCCGAGCUUUGAGCUGCUCCAAGCUCGCCAGAGCUAGCUCUCAUCGUUAUCCGCCACCACCACCGCAAUUUUGGACUCUAUAACGUACUUAAGAGAUGACUUUGUACAUAACGAGACGAGACGAGGCGAGUGAGGAACCAAAAUGGAAACGAAACAGGGUACCUUAGAAACAAGAGAGAACCAUAUCGUUCAUAAAACUUGAUGACACAAGUCACGACUUUUGCAAUACAACGCACCAAUUCGAUUUGUCAAA